AUGAUGGCCGCCUGUCACCCCCGUCAUGGCCACUACCUAACCGUGGCUGCCAUUUUCAGAGGUCGCAUGUCUACAAGGGAGGUGGAUGAGAAAAUGUUCAACAUUCAGAAUAAGUACAGCAGCUACUUUGCUGAACGGCUCCCUCACAACGUGAAAACAGCCGUCUGUGACAUCCCACCCCGGGAGCUAAAAAUGUUGGCCACCUUCACUGGUAACAACACAGCCAUCCAAGAGCUCUUCAAAUGCACCUCCGAACAGUUUACAGCUAUGCUCAGGCGCAAGGCCUUCCUGCACUGGUACAUGGGCGAGGGCAUGGAUGAGAUGGAGUUCACCGAGGCUGAGAGCAACCUUAAUGACCUGGUGUCAGAAUACCAGCAAUACCAAGUGCCACAGCUGAGGAGGAGGAGUUUCAGGAGUGUGCUGAGGAGGAGGUAG